GAAAACCGUUUGUAACGACAACAGAACAGUUUUGGAAUAAUAUGUUCGACAUUAAAGGAAAAGUAGCUUUAAUUACUGGCGGGGCAGGUGGUGUUGGAUUAGAAUUAAGUAAAGCACUCUUACGAAAUAACUUAAAAGGUGUAGCAUUGGUAGAUUUAAAUGACAGUUUGGGCGAAAAAGCAGUACAACAAAUAAACUCCGAAUUUGGCAAGGACAAAGCGAUAUUCCUAAAAGCUGACGUAACAAAUAUUCAACAAUUAGAAGAUGCCUUUAAGAAAACUGUGGAACAAUAUAAGUAUCUGGAUAUAGUAUUUAAUAAUGCGGGAAUAUUAAACGAUGCAAUAUGGGAAAAAGAAAUAUCUAUAAAUGUGAACGGUGCCGUCAAUGUAAUGCUGCUAGCUUUUGAAAAGUACCUUCCGUCUCACAAGCAUGGAGCAGAAGGCCUUAUUGUGAACACAUCUUCUAUAGCAGGGAUUCAAUCUUCAGGGCACUUACCGAUCUAUUGCAGUACAAAACACGCUGUGAUAGGUUUAACAAGAUCUUGGGGGGAGCCAGUAUUUUAUAAUAAAAAUAAGGUUAGAGUGGUAGCGAUAUGUCCUGGUGUUACGCAUACACCACUAGUUUCUGAAAUUGACGGCAAAAGUUUAGGCGGAAUAUACGAAGAUUGUAAAAGCGAUGUCGCUGCAUGGCCCACACAAGACCCUGAUGUAUUAGCAAGACAUGCAAUGGAAGUGGUUAAAUAUGCCCCACACGGAAGUAUAUGGGUAAUAGAAGGAGGAGAACCUGCUUUCGAAUAUAUACAUCCUGACAAAAGUUCUAUGAAGCAAAAUGUUAUUUCUAGGUACUAUAAUUAAAAUUAUUUAUAUUCUAAAUUUAUUUUCAGGAAUAAAAAGUAUUGUAUAU